GAAAAGGGAGUGUCAUAGCAGAAUCCAUCUCUUUCAGUUUACCAACUCAUUUGGAGUGUUACCAGCUAUGUCUGUACCAGCUAUGGAUUCUUUUAAGACUAUCCUAAAGUUCCUCACGAAUCAGAAGAGCACUAUUGGCUACAGCUUCAUGGCUAUUUUGACCAUAGGUAGUGAAAGAAUCUUCUCUAUGGUGUCUUUCCAGUGUCCGUGCAACCCAGGACAGAAUUUUGCCUAUGGAUUAACUUUCCUGCUGGGCCCUGCAGUCGUCUUGCUGGCGAUUGGUCUCUUUGUUAGUACACGUCUUUGGCGGUUAUAUACUGGGUGUUGUCUCAACCCUAUCAAGCUAUGCCCCAGGGGUAACUUUAUGGGAUGCUUGUCAGUGUUUGUGAAAGUGCUAACUGGAGCCUGCAUUGCCCCUAUUAUGUGGCUUACUGUAGCACUGUUAAAUGGAACUUUUUAUGAGUGUGCUGUCAGUGGCCUGGAUGAAAAUAUGGUGGUGAAUAUUUUCUGCCAAAACAAGACACCUACAUGCCGGGAAGAGCUGCCCCGAGUGCCCUGCAGCAAGUCCCAGUUGCCUCCAAACGAAAAUAUGGAACUGCUGUUGAUGCUGCGAGCCCAGUCACAGAUACUCGGCUGGUCCAUCAUUAUCAUAUCAGCAAUAGUAGCGCUGAUCGGGACUUGCUUUAAGAACUGUCGCUCUCAAGUAAGCUACAUUCAGUUAACUUUCCAUAAAAUCUACAUGGAGAAGGAAAGGGAAAAGUUUGAGACUUUUGCAGAAAACUAUGCCACCAAACUAGCAGAGAGAAACCUCGAGGCUUUCUUUGACAACAAGUGCCCUGAACCAUUUAACUUUCCAAAUCACAAGGCCUGGGAGGAGAUCUCUGCUGUAUACACCUUUAAAAAAAGCGAACAGUACUACAGCACACUGCAGAGAUACGUGGAGCGCACAGAUCGAGACUUCAACCCUGAGAAGCGCCCUGUUCUAGAGGGGGAAGAUGGCAUAGAGAUGGCUUAGAAGCACAAAGCUGCAUGGACUGGUAACUGAAUUGCCAAGAAUAUGACCUUGAAGACGACAAACCAGUGUGAAUCUAAACAGAGUUAGAUUUUAGUUUGGUAGCUACAACCUGUAUUGAAAAUAAAGUAACUGGAAGUUUUGUUUUAUCCACUUAGGAGGUGGUCCUGGCGCAAUUCAGACUGCAAAUAUUUUUGUAGCAUUUUAUACUUCAAUGAACAAACACAGGUCUUAGACCCAAAGAUUCGGACAGAUUUGAGUGUCUGUGGUGUUUUCAAUAACAACAUCCAAUUUGUAUAUUGUUUGAAUGUUGCAUUUCAGGUUUUACAAAG